CUAGAAAGCCCUGUCCUGGGGCGAGGGGUACAAGGUUGAGGGGCUUUCCUUGUCACAGUGUUUGGCUUUCUAGCACAGGGGACGUGCCUGUCCGAGGGAAGCUGUGUCCCCAACUCUGCACAUGGAGAAAAUGCCAGCAGAAAAUGCCUUCUCUCCAUCCCCUCUGCUCCCGUGGUGUGGAAAGGGGCAUGGGGCACUUAAUACUCACAGCUUAUGGGAUUUUCAGCUGAAACAGGAGGCUUCAGGAGGCACCCCUGUAACCUGAGACACCAGGACCUAUUCUGGCCACCACCCCUGUUUCUUUGCGGUCACCACUCCUGUUCUCAAAUCACGCAGCUAUUUUACAAGCGCUGGGGGUGAAGUCUCCUCCCCCUCCGCUCCCCUGGUCUGUGAGCUGCUCUUGCUGCUCCCUGGGGAGAGGUGUGUGGAAGCUGUUGAGCUGUCUCUUUUACUAUCUCUUUUUCCAUUCUGUCUCUCGAGGCCUCACGAUGCCCCCCAAGCGAAGGCAGAAACUGCAGCAAGAGCAGAAGGGGCAGCCAGCUGUGGCUGCACCCCUGGAGGGAGCUGCUGAGGGGGCUGUAGCCAGCAGGGAAGAGGUGCUGCUGCAGCAGGAGUAUAGCCGCCUUUGCAAGGAGCUGGAGGACAUGAAGGGGGCACGUGUUCAGCUUCGGGAGGAGAACGAGUUCCUGCAGCAAGAGGCCCAGCGUCUCCGUGCUGAGAGCCAGGAAUUCAUGUGCUAUGUGGCCAAGCGGGCCCAGCGGCGCCAGGAUGCCAUCAUCUCCCUGAAUGAUCAGAACAAGCAGGCCCUAGAGGAGAUCCGCAGGGAGCAGCAGGAACUGCUCACCCUCUACCAGAGGAAGGAGGCAGCUCUGCGGGAACAACUGUUGCACAAAGAGGGUGAACUUCUCCGCCUCAGCAAGGAGGUUGAGGGCCUGCGGGAGAUCCAGGCACUGCAGCAGGAGCAGGCUGCCCACAUCAGGGAGCUGCAGGAAGAGCUGGUGGCCACCAGGCAGCAGCACACUCAGCACCUGCAGGAGACCAAAAGCCAUUUCCUGCACGAAAAGGCUGCCUUUGAGCAGACGUCCCAGCAGCAGGGGCUCUGCCUGCUGCAGCAGGCACAGGAAGUGGUUGCACAGUGCAUGCAGGAGCAUAGCCACCAGGUGAAAUGUGAGAACCAGGAGCUGCGGCAGGAGCUGCACCAGCUCAUCCAGCGAUCACGCACACUGCAUUUACACAAGCGCCGGUUAGAGGAGCAGGCACAGCAGCUGCUGCGAGAGCGUUGCUACAUGCAAGACAUGGCUCGCCUGUACCACACCCACCAGGGCAAGAAGUAGGCCCCAGCUGGGACCCCAGGAACGAGCUGACAGAGAGGUGGCCACUACUCACUGCCAUGACCUGCUUUUGGUAUUAGAAUUAUUUAGCUCAGGGGUUCUCAAACUGGGGGUCAGGACCCCUCAGGGGGUCACGAGGGUAUUACAUGGGGGGGUCACAAGCUGUCAGUCUCUACCCCAAACCCCACUUUGCCUCCAGCAUUUAUAAUGGUGUUAAACAUAUAAAAAAGUGUUUUUUAUUCAUAAAGGGGGUCGCACUCAGAGGCUUCCUAUCUGAAAGGGGUCACCAGUACAAAAGUUUGCAAACCACUGAUUUAGGUCCACAUUCUUCAGUAACAGCUUUGUUAAUAAUCUGAGAGGGAAAUGAAAUUCCCAGAGGAUACUGAACUGGGAGGAGCUAGAACUGGGGGGGGGGAGGUGGGAUAGUUCAGUGGUUUGAGCAUUGGCCUGCUAAACUCAGGGUUGUGAGUUCAAUCCUUGAGGGGGCCAUUUAGGGAACUGGGGUAAAAAUCUGUCUGGGGAUUGGUCCUGCUUUGAGCAGGGGGUUGGACUAGAUACCUCCUGACAUCCCUUCCAACACUGAUAUUCUAUGAACUUCCAACAAAAAAAAUCUGAUCCAAAAGGCUUUAGUGAGACAUUGGCAGGGAACAAUUUAUCCAGCUAUUGCACAUGGGUCUUAUAUGGGCACCAUUGCUGAAGUAUCUGAGUGCCUCACAAACAUUAACCUAUUUAUCCACACAGCAGCACUGUGAGGUAGGGUGAUGCCAUUGUUGGAUGUUUUUCUAAAAGAUCUGCUCUAGGGGAUGUUUUCUGGCUUGUGUUAUACGGAGGUCAGAGUAAAUGAUCACAGUGGUCCCUUCUGGCCUUGGAAUGUGUGAAUCUAUGAAUCUGUUAUCCUCAUUGUAGAGCCUGUGGCAGAGCAUGGAAUUAAUCCAGGUCUUCUGAGUCCCAGGCUAGCUUCUAACCCCCGUGCUAUCCCUCUGCACAGAGACUGAUCCUGGCCAGCUCUUGUGCUACCCUGCUGAGUCUUGUGAUCUUUAGAGAGAGACAAGUCUUUUAUUGGAGCAACUUCUCUUGGUGAGAAAGACAAGCUUUUGAGCCACACAGAGCUCCUCUUCAGAUUAUCCCCUCCCCCCCCCCCAACAUACCCCUGAAGUUCCAUCUCCCCAGCCAGGACCAUGUCCCCAAUGUAUAUCUGCAAGAAGAAGAGCUCUGUGUAGCUCAAAAUCUUGUCUCUCUCACCAACAGAAAUUGGUCCAAUAAAAGAUAUUAUCUCAUCCACCUUGUCUCUCUCGUAUCCUGGGACCAGCACAGCUACAAUUACACUCUUGUGAUCUUUGGUAUUUCUGGAAUCUUGUGAUUAAAAAAAAGAAAACUCAGAUUUUCUCCUAAAUAGACAGGAAAAAAACAUGUUAAUACCAGAAGAACAAGGGGACAUUCAGUGAAAUAAAAA